CCACCUCCCCGCGUUUCCCAGCGCUUCCCCGAGUAUUCCUCCUCCCGCAAUAGACCCUGACUCGAAGCGGCGCUGGAUUUGGUCGACGAUCCAUGCCCGAAGUGGUGGCAAGCUAAUCUUACAUAAACCCUGGAUCCAGUUUCACGUCACGAUUCCCCGUGGAUCGGCCUUCAGCUCGCCAACGCCGGGAGCUUGUUCAAACGUCUGUUUCGGCCUCGGUUUCGGCUUGUAAUGAAGCAUCAUGUGCCAUGUCCAUCAGGCCGCUCCCAGAGGAUGUCGUUGGCAAAAUCAGAUCCUCGUCGACCAUCACGUCGCUGAACGGCGUUGUCUGCGGCCUGCUCAAGAAUUCGCUUGAUGCUGGCGCCACCAAUGUCAAUGUCUACGUCGAGCAUGGCCGAGGAAACUGUACCGUAGAAGACAAUGGACUGGGCAUUGUCCCGGCAGAUUUUGCAGAGAAUGGAGGCCUUGGAAAAUCUUUUUAUUCAUCCAAAUUUCCCGCCCAGCAAGGACUGCAUGGCAGGCAGGGAACGUUUUUGGCCUCUUUGAGCACUUUGUCUCUACUUACGGUGACGUCUCACCAUCAAGGCCAUAACUCCCAUAACUUGCUGUCGAUUCACCACGGCAAACUCUUAAAGAGACAGACACAAUCCUCUAUUGGAGAGAGAUUCGAUGUAUUUGACCAUGGCACGCGAGUUGCGGUUAAUGACUUAUUUGGCUCGCUUCCUGUUCGCGUUAAACAUCGUGCCACUCUCUUCGCAGAUCGACCGAGGCUUGACAAGGAAUGGGGACGCCUAGUUCUCGAUGUGGUUGGGCUAUUGGUGGCGUGGACUUCCGGAGUUACUGUGUUCUUGUGUGAUAUCAAGGGACAGCGCGAGCUGCGUCUAAAGCCACCAGAAAAUGCGAGUAUGGUUCCCAGAGCACUACGAUACUUUGUACAAGCCUCGCUGGCAGAUUCUGGUGAAAUGGACUCGUGGGUGCCAGUAUCAGCGACUGCCGGCCAUGUUGCUAUCAAAGGCUGCAUUUCUCUGACUCCGGUGGCAACACGCCGAUCUCAGUUUAUGAGCAUAGGCAUAUUACCCAUCUCAAACGAGUAUGGGAAUAAUGUCCUUUACGAAGAAGUAAACAAAUUGUUCAAGAGUUCAGAUUUUGGGAUAGAUGAGGGCAAAGUAGGAGAGAAUGGUGACCGUGCUGGCCCAAUUUCUCAGAAGAAGAGCAAGGGAGCAGACCAGUGGCCUAUUUUCUACUUGCGAAUCACACUCAAGGGGGGCGAAGAUGUCUUUGAUAUGGACAACAUCUCUAACCCCUCGCACGGAGACCUUCAGAAGAUCAUCGAUUUGCUGAGAGCCAUGACUUAUAGCUUUCUGAAGAAGCACUACUUGCGCCCACAAAAGGUUCAGCUAUCUUCAGACAAGUCUGUGUUUUCGACAGCGCCACAUCGCAGCACUAAAACGUCAAAAAGACACAAGCACCCAUCAUCACAGGCUUCAAUACCCCCAUCUUCACAAGAUUUACUGCCAGAUUCCUCCUCAUCCCUGUCAGACAGCCCUUUUGACGGCUGGAAUAGGAUGAAGAUUGGCCCACGAAUGGAAACUAAGCCAGCAGAGAAAGCGACGCGGCGUGAACCUACUCCAGCUCCCCCCAGUACCAUUACAGCAGAGAGACUAGUUGGAGAAGGUGGAAAGCUGCUCCGCAAACCCUUUCAGAUCCCAGAAUCGUCUGGUCCUGAAGCAGAGAGCAUGAAUGCCAGUGAAACUGAUGCUGGGAACGUCUGCGAAUUGGGCUCUCUUUUGCUUGCUGAGCGUCCAAAGAGAACACCCGAAUGGCUGCAAGAUGUGCUCAAGUCGUGGCGCAAUCCAGUCUUUGAGCCCACCCAGCCGCUUAUACCACGUAUCAACGAUGACGCGCCGGCACCAAUGCGUGAGACAACGCUGGUUCAUGGCUUACAUCGAUGUCGAACAGAUGUCAAUGGAGGAGUCAAAUUCGAAGCUGCAUCCAUAGGCAUAGAAGGGCGUGUGUCACGAUCAGCUCUAGAAGGAGCAGAAGUCAUUGCACAAGUCGACAAGAAGUUCAUUAUGCUGAAACUCCCGCUUCAAGACAUGAAAGAUGCUCCAAAACCAGGCAGCUCUUGCGCCCUGGUGAUGCUGGACCAACAUGCUGCUGAUGAGAGAUGCCGUCUAGAAGAUCUCAUGACGGAGUAUUUCAGAGAAGACCCUUCUAGUGGGAUUCUCAGAGCAGUCGUCGAGUCUCUGGAGCAACCGCUUAUAUUUGAAACUUUGGAGCGCGAAAAUGGACUGCUACAGCGGUAUCAGGAGCACCUCGAGGCAUGGGGCAUCAUGUACAAGACUGCCCAACAAGCGGCGGUAUACACUGUUACGGCGACGGCUCUGCCUCCGAGUAUCUUGGAACGCUGUCGCGGCGAGCCGCGGCUUUUGGUGGAUUUGAUACGCAAAGAGAUAUGGAAGCUUCACGACGAAGGCAUCAUUCCUCCACGGCCGCGCAGUGCUGGAAAGGGCACGUUGAAUCAAGCUUUAAUGGCGCACUUUCAUGGCUGUCCGAGAGGGAUCCUCGAGAUGUUGCAUUCGAGGGCCUGUGCCAUCAUGUUCAAUGAUGUUUUAUCGGCUGGAGAGUGCGAGCAUCUCGUGCGACGGCUUGCGCGAUGCGCGUUCCCUUUCCAAUGCGCGCAUGGACGACCGAGUUUGGUGCCAUUGGUGGAUUUGGGAUCGGCGUGUCGCAUUCGAGCGUGGGAUGAGAAUGGGGAUGCUGGGAAAGAUUUGAAAGUGUGGAAGAGAUGGAUCGACGCAUAGCAUAAGAGGAGCGUGUAAUGAAGCUUGCAUGAAAGUACGCAUGUCACGCAGUAUAACACCGGCGCAGGUUUUGCUACUGGAUACUAUAUGAUUUAUCAUGAUGUAUACGUAUAUAUAUAUUUAUAUAUGUAUGUAUAAUAGUACACAGUAUAUCGUAUCCGAUGUGGAAACAGGAGGAAAACAGCCUUUGAAACUCCCCAUGGCCUCACACGACGUGUUUUCGACAUGAACUCAUUAAACAAGACUGGUAUCCAACUAUGUACAGGCAACAGCUCACACCCCUAGUAUCUGCAGUUGAACAGCUGAGGAAAAAAAUCAAAACCCGCCCAUGAUGAAAAACAAACAAAAACGCCUGCGAUGCUCGUUUCGCUUUUUGAUCCAAUGAAAAACGUGAUGUGUCGAGAGAAUAUACCAAGCAUUAAAGAGGAGGGGAAAAAAGGUAUAUGCGUAUAAUGGGGGGAAAAAAAAGGAAGCCAUGUUUUGUCGUAGAAAAAUGAAAUGCGCGAGACUUCCAAGAGUUUCGUGGUUCUCUUACUCAGUCUUCUCAUUCUUCUUGGCUUCUUCUUCUUUUUUCCUGGCCUCCUCUUCUUCUUUGCGCUGCUUGACUUCUUCGUCAGACAUUUGGACCCAUUCGCUAAUGUCGUGGUUCCAGCGGUGACUGCAAAGUAAUAUGUCAGCAUAUAAUUCCGCCAGAGGAAAAUCAAACAAAAUAACGUCAAUUGAUAAAAAAGGCGGAAAAAAAAAAGAGAGAAUUGAAAGAAAGUGCAGCCUAAAUGGGGCUGUGCUGGUGCUGGAGCAGAUCCAGAUCGUAGUUUGGCUGCAGGGCUGCAAUGCCAAGACUUCAGCCUCCCUCGAAAAUGACGACAGCGCUUUUUGUUAAGGAGAAGCGGGCAGAGGAGUAAAAAAAAAAAAGGGUCGCUUUCCCCUUCAACUCCGAAUAACCAAGUGACGAUUCACCCAAGCAAGACAUUUAUUUGAUCCCUCGAUGAAAUGCGAAAAGAAAGAACGAGGCACUAGGGGGAUAAAAAGAAAAAAAAAGGUAAAAUAAUGGCAAUCGCUUACUUUUGAAACUCCUCGACAACCAAGCUCUUGUCGCCGUACUCGUCGCGCAGAAUCUGCUCAAAGUUGUACGG